ACAUCGUCUAUGGCCAGGUGCGGGAGGGCCAAAAAAUAAAAAACAGAAAAGAAAAGAAAAGAAAAGCAUUGUCGCUCGGUUCGGCGCUAAUAACUCUUGCUGUUAGAUCCUCUCUGAAUCGGAAGAGGCAGAUUUUUACCAACUGAAGAAGCCAAACCUCGAGUGAGAAAGCAAGGAAAGAAAAGUUUCACGAAGAACCGAAACAUCAAGAGUAACGAUCAGAUCUCCAUCUCCCUAGUGCACUGUUAGCCCUAUCACCUGCGUGCUGAUUCAUCCUCCGUCAAUGGCAUCUUGAUCAGUGACAUCUCUCAUAAAAGAUUGUAUGAAGAAGGAAUUAGAUCACAUGGGGUGUUCACUUGGUUGUACUGGUACUGCGGCUGUCAACUCAGAUGUGCAAUAUAUGCGUGUUUACUAUAAUAAGGAAACUGGCAGAUUCAGAGAAUCGAGCUGAUUAGUGGACUGUUUAUGCCAAAAGUCUUCGCUGUGGUUUUAAAGAGCUCACACGUAAUUGAUCGUAAAUGGACUGAAGUUAUGGGAAUGGAUACCAGGUGAGUAAGGCGAGGCAGAAUUCGCUGUCCGUGGAAAGUGCUGUUUUGCUGUUAUAUAAGCUUGGCAUAGUCGUACGCACAAACUAUGGCUGAAGGAGAUGAGCAGGUUGAACUUAAAUUCCGUAUAUUUGAUGGAACAGACAUAGCCCACAAUACUUAUUCAUCGUCAACAACAAUUGGCACCCUUAAACAAAGGGUGGUCGCGGAGUGGCCUCAAGGAAAAACAUUUUCGCCAAAGUCAGCUGGCGAUGUAAAGCUUAUUCAUGCUGGUAAAGUUCUGGAAAACAACAAAACUCUAGCUGAUUGCAGAAUAACUCUCGGUGAUGUUCCUGGGGGGGUUAUUACCAUGCACGUUGUAGUGCAGCCCCCUGUAACUAAGGAUAAGAAAGAUAAUAAUCAGGAGGACAAUCAAAAGAUGAAUCCAUGUUCAUGUACUAUCCUUUAGAUUAUGAAGCACAAAUACCUUGUGGCUGCAUUUGAAUAUAUAACAUGGCAUUUUUGGUAGCAUAAGCUUGAUCGGAAGGCACCGAGCUGUUCAGCACAAAACAGAUGUUUGGCCGUACCAAACCGUUUUCCUUGCUUCCAUUUAGUUUCGAUUUAUUUUCUGGUCAAUGUCUUUGGAAAGAAAUCAGAUAUUUGCAUUGUAAUACUUGGAUCUCAACAAACACAAAUUAGAGUCUUGAGGGCCACAAACCAUGCAGACCUUUACUUCGUAAAGUGUGCAUCAUUUUUUUUUUUUUUGCUUUUCAAGUUUAAAACACACACACAGAGACAUAUAGAUGUACAUGUAUUGAACGAAUAGAACAUGAAAAGUUAGAAUUUGGUGCA